UGUAACAAAAAGACAACUUCGGUGUUCGUGUUCAAAAGAAACUAUUUAUUUUAAAUUUAAAAUCUCAUAAACAAUGGACGCGUUACCUACAGGACAUUUAACAAGUGCCCAACGAGAUGAGUUAAUGGAACAAGUUAAACAACAAAUUGCCGUUGCAAAUGCACAAGAAUUGCUCACGAAAAUGACAGAGAAAUGCUUUAGAAAAUGUAUUUACAAGCCAGGAACAGUCUUAGAUAAUGCUGAACAGAAAUGUGUUGCAAUGUGUAUGGAUCGUUACAUGGACUCAUGGAAUUUAGUAUCCCGGACAUAUACUUCAAGAAUUCAAAGGGAACGCAAUAACAUGUAGAACAUGCCCUCAAAUAUAAAUAGUUGUUGAAAUUUUAGUGAUACGAAAAUUUGCAUUGUUUACAUUGUACUAUUUACUAGUAACAAUUAUAUUCCAGUCGGCCAGCGUUUAUAAAUAUAUGUAUUAUUAAAAUGAGUGUGUGACAUGAAUUUUAAAUCCAUUAAAACAUCUUGUUUUAUACUAGGAAUCUUUCUGUGACUGUUUAAAUACAAUUAACUUAAAAUUCACUGCCCU